UCAACUAACCGCGACUCUCUUCAGACGGAUGAAGAUGUCAUGAAGCAUGCCUCCGAAACGUCGAGGUACAGCAGCCUCGUCUGCAGGGCCGAAGGACAAGAAACCGCGGCUUUCGAAGCUCGCGAAAGAGAAUAAUAUUACUAGUGAAGAAGAAGCAGAGAUCAGAGAAGCCUUCCAUCUAUUCGCAGUGACCGAUAAUGAAGAGUAUGCUUCGGAGAAAGAGGGCGUUAUUGCGACCCGAGAUGUGCGUCGGGCGUUGAUAGCUUUGGGCCUUGCGCCAACUGACAACGCCGAGUUGAAGUCUGUUAUCUCUGCUGUAGAUCCGGCGGGUGAAGGGUUCGUCAUAUACGAGCAUUUUCUAUCCGUGGCGGCGCUGAAACUACAUAAUCGGAGCGAAGACUCGAUAUCUGCGGAGGUUGAGCAUGCGUAUAGCUUGUUCACACAUGGGACAGAGGGGCCUAUACUUAUGUCUCAUCUAAGGGCUGUUGCAAAGAGUUUGAAGGAGGACGUGAGUGAGGAGUUGAUGAAGGACAUGAUUCGAGAAGCCAACGGAGGGGAUGGGAUACAGUCGGGUGUCACGAUCGAGCAGUUCAAGGAUGUCAUGAAGAGGGCUGGCGUGUUUUGAGCUAUACCUGGGCAAUACCUGGUUAAGAAGAGACAAGGCACUUACAUAUAAAAAAAAAAAAAAAAAAGGGAUCAGUACCCAUGAAGAGAUAACGUUUACUUGAAGUGUCACUUUGGUUUCACAUCGUGUGGACGGCAAGCUGUCUUUGAUUCGUAACUAGAAAUCAAACAUCGUCUUCCAGGAACAUUAUAUACUGCUUUUGAACGAAUAGAAACUGCCGGCCGAACAGCUCGGUCUUAGCUGUUACUACUUGCCUGGUCAUGCAGAACAGCACAUAUUAUACAAGCAAAACACCAUGCCAGAAAGUGCACCAGGAGAACAAGAAAUAGCAAAUAAGGAGUGAACCAACGCCGGUAUCAUGAUGAUCCUGAGUAUCAUUAGAUAGAAGAGAGAGUGCAUUCAGGGACAUAUACCAGAAAAGUCGGCAUAUUUCUUCGAGUCUCAUUUCUACUAUAGGGCUUUUAUCAGCUGUGGUACCGAGGAGGCACCUGGAUUCUCAUGCGAGACAAUAUUUGGCCCGUUCGAUGUUUUCAUAGGCGCGGCCAGUUUCUGUGACCUGUUGUCGAUGACCGGCUCCUCAUUAGUGCCAAUCGAAGACUGGCUGCUGUUUUCAGAAAGUUUCGAAGUGUGUGAUGAUAUGGAAUCGGUGUUGGUUCUCCUAGACCAGUCAGUCUCGUCUGCCCGAGACUCUGCAGUACUUCCGGGCCUGCGUGGCAACUCUCCAAGUGGUAUGCCAUUUUCAGCCACCUGCGAUUCACUAAUGGACUUGGUAUUUCUGCUGGAAAUUGCUUGAGAGAUACCCCUGCUAAUUUCAGGCGAUGACCCUACCAAUUCAUAGCAGAGCAUGAAAACACCCCCUUGGGCGAGAACACUGCUCUCGCUAACCAAGGUGACAUCCUCAUCACUCAACCUGAACCAGUGUUCCUUCUUUUUCUUGAUCCCAUCAGCCUCAAUGACGGGCUGGGGAACUUCAAUAGGGAACAACUCCACAGGAUAUUUUCGGUAACAAAUGUAGUGGCCGUUCUCGUGACGUCCGUGAUGCGUGAUUACAGCUCGUAGCUCAUAUCUUCUAUCGAAACUGUUGACUUCGCUUUCAGGCCGAGGGAGCAUCGAUUCAGAGGGAUUUAUGCCCCAAAUUUCGACGACCUCUUCCUUGGAGUCGCCGUUUGUUGGCAUGGCACCCAAACACCAUUCAUCUAAAUUCAGAUAGUUUGGAAACCUCACAUCUGCAUAGUUCUUCCUUAGUGUACCCGUCAUUUCGUCAAAGACACUGCGGUUGACAUGUAUAAUUAGAGAUUUCGGUGGCCUUGCAAUUACUGCCUGCUUCGACUUCGUUGAGGCGACAUGAUUGCGCGAAGAGAUGUGGCAUUUUUCCUUCAGUGUGUUUUCGCUAAAAUCGUCAUUCUGAAGCGAUUCAAGAACUGCAUUUAACCUCGAUUCGGCAUUUCUUCUCAAUGCUACAUUAAGUUUUCCGGAGUCUGUUUCCUCCUGUGAUUCUUCCACUGGGUCAAUUUUGCCUAGCAGCUGUUCGAGCUGCGCCUGUGUCCGUUGCAAGGUACAUUUGGCGCAUUCCACACCCUCGAUGGUUUCUAAGCUAGUAUAAUCGUCAAGGCAUUCCCUGAUAUCGUAUUCCCAAUUUUUGCCCAGAGAAACCGUCAGGCAGUUAAAUGGAAUAAGCGAGAGGCCAUCAGUCCAGCCGCAUUCCAUACACCCCACUCUCUGAGCCAGAAGCCCCUCCAUCGGGCUACAAUAAGGUACGCAGCUCCGAUCAGUAUCUGGCUCAUCACCAUCUUCGGUCAAAGGAGGACUUGGUAGGGUAACUUCGGCGCGAUGACCAUCUUGCCGAACUGUCUUGAGGCCAAUAUCACUGGUAAUCCCCUUUGAUGCUCCACGAAUCUCUUUAUCCACUUGGUCUGCGAUGAUGGAAAAAUAUUCCUGGGCGUCCUGUUGCUGCCAGCUGCACAUAGACUUGAGUUCUGCAGGCAACCACAACUUCUGGCCAGCGUUUUCGGGAUCAUUAAGCUUGUCGAUGAUCACUCUCAGAGCAAUAUGUGUUGAAAGGGGGUGGCGGUGCCCCAGGUUUUGGAUGUUCAAUCCCAGGUAUUCUCGCAAAGAACGAAGGGAAGCAAGGCCUUGAAUUAUGGAAUUCUGGUAGCAGGAGUUAUCCCAGUUCCCGAGCCCCGCGGGAUAGACAUCGUUGGACCCCAAUAGCACACUGCUGAGGCUGGUGUACGCUCUUGACCGUGGAAGCAACGGGAUAAUGGAAGUUGUGGUGUGACCGAGGAUUCUCUGCAUUGCCUGACCCUUUUCAUACAAAUUUCGGUAACCUGUAUAAGUCUCGUCCGAAGCCGAACUUUUCUGUGUUUUGUCCUUAUC